AGAUCGGCUACUUGGGCCUGUCUUCGCCCGGCAGUGGGCGCUUUGAGUGCCGGGCCUAGACCCCAGGUCCCGCCCGCGGCUAGAGGCGCGAUUUUCGAUUCUUCCCCCGACUCCCGCGAGCACCGUCACUUCCUUCUUUCUGCCACUCUAGUAACUUAUUCGUCUACUGGGCUGGCUUUCUCUCAGGAUCUCUGGCCCUGGUCUUGCCCCAGCAUGACUCUUUUCAGGGCGCCGUUGUGGGAGCCUCGCGCAGGUCUGUUCCCAUGAAGAUCCCACUGGUGACUCUCCAACCCCGCCACCAUGAACGGGGUCCUGAUCCCCAAUACGCCCAUCGCCGUGGACUUUUGGAGCCUGCGCCGGGCUGGUUGCGCACGGCUCUUCUUCUUGUCCCACAUGCACUCGGACCACACCGUGGGUCUGUCUAGCACCUGGGCCCGGCCCCUCUACUGCUCCCCAAUCAGCGCUUACCUCUUGCAUCGUCACCUACAGGUAUCCAAGCGGUGGAUCCGAGCCCUGGAAGUUGGUGAGAGCCAUGUCCUGCCUCUAGAUGAAACUGGGCGAGAGACCAUGACUGUAACCCUCAUUGAUGCCAAUCACUGCCCUGGCUCUGUCAUGUUUCUCUUUGAAGGCUACUUUGGAACCAUCCUCUACACAGGUGAUUUUCGGUAUACGCCAUCCAUGCUAAAGGAACCAGCCCUGCGAGUGGGGAAACAGAUCCAUACCUUAUACCUAGAUAACACCAAUUGCAACCCAGCCCUGGUUCUUCCUUCCCAACAAGAAGCUGCCCGCCAGAUUGUCGAGCUCAUUCGAAAGCACCCACAACAUCACAUAAAGAUUGGACUCUAUAGCCUGGGAAAAGAGUCACUGCUGGAGCAGCUGGCCCUGGAGUUUCAGACCUGGGUGGUAUUGAGUCCUCGGCGCCUGGAGUUGGUGCAGCUGCUGGGCCUGGCAGAUGUGUUCACAGUGGAGGAGAAGGCUGGCCGCAUUCAUGCUGUGGACCACGUAGAGAUCUGCCAUUCUGCCAUGCUGCACUGGAACCAGACCCACCCUACCAUUGCCAUCCUUCCCACAAGCCGGAAAAUCUGCAGAUCCCACCCCGAUAUCCACAUCAUCCCCUACUCUGACCAUUCCUCCUACUCUGAGCUCCGAGCCUUUGUCUCAGCAUUAAAGCCUUGCCAGGUGGUGCCCAUUGUCAGUCGACAGCCCUAUAAGGGCUACUUUCAAGAUAGCCUGAGCCCCAGGCUCUCUGUGCCCCGGAUUCCAGACUCUGUGCAGCAAUACAUGAGUUCUUCCUCUAGAAAACCAGGCUUUCUCUGGCUGUUAUUAAAAAGGAGACUAAAGAGGCCGAGAACCCAGGGUGUCGUGUUUGAACCCCUUGAGGAAAAUUCUGAUCAAUCUCAAGGUGACAGGGACUCAAAGAAGGCCAAGAAUGAGAACCUUUCUGGGGACCUUGAGAAGCAACCCUCCCUCCAGCCUUUGCAGAUCAAGCAGCAGCUAUUCCCAGACCUCUGUAGCAAAGAAUGGGAUGGGGCAGCCUCUCUCUCUGAGUCCCAGAAGUUGGUGACUGUACUGACUGCCCCCUUGGGUUUUUCACUGCACUUAAGGUCUACAGAUGAGGAAUUUCUCUCUCGAGAAACUGAGGAGGCAAUUGGUGUAGGGUCCCACGUGGUACCCGGGGGAGACAAUGACGGCUCAGCACCCACAGGGAACCAGAGCGCUUCGAUGGGCCAGGAUUCUCCCCUGUCUCACAGCAGCCAGGCUGCCCCUCUUCUGGCUCCUGAGUUCAGGGGCCUGGCACUAAAAUACCUUCUGACUCCAGUGAACUUUUUCUACACAAGGUUCUCUUCCAGGGGCUUUGACCAGCAAGUAGAAAAAUACCAUAAACCCUAUGCUGAAGUAUAGAUGGGAGCGUACAGAAUGACAACUUUGUUUGAUCCAACACUGCAGUUUGGAAGAUAGUGGCUGCUGGCUGCUGGGGAGUUUGUUUUGGGCCUUACUUUUCUGUUUUCACAGGAUCCUUACGGGCUUAACCUGGAAGUGACACUUCUCAACGUGUGUUCAUCCUAGUGCCUAUGGGAUCCUUGGUUUUAUAGUUAACUGUGUUUAGGAAACACUUUCAUUAUAACUCCUUCACAAUAUGCAUGAGCACAUUAAAGGUUCUGAGAAGUCCUGCAGUAACUUAA